GGGCAUGUUAGCUUUAUGCUAUGUUCAUAGCCAUGUUCAAGCCACUUUAGAAAAUGAAAGUAAGGUUCUGAAUGGUUGGCAUGGGCAACAGUGAUACGUUAUCUUUAUGCUAUGUGCAGAGCAACCAAUCAGAACACGGAUACAUCCGUUUGGAAAUGGCGAGUGACCCUCCCCCUCCUUACCCCGGGGGCCCCACUGCUCCGCUGCUAGAGGACAAGCAUGGAUCUCCCAGCAAUGAAGAUCACAGACAACCUCCUGGGGUGUAUCCCCCCAACAUGCCAUUUGUACCCCCAGAUUCAGGACCCCCUCCAUAUGAUGCAACUCCAGGUUACAUAGCACCGAACCCAGGUUAUUACCCCCCUGGACCUUACCCACCUAUGGGCUACUACCCGCCUCCUACUUGCCAGUACCCGCCGCAGUUCCCAUCACCAGGUCCCCAUGACACUACAGUCAUUAUGCCACCUGGUGCCAGUGCAGCCUCUGCCACCACUACAGUCACCGUCCUGCAGGGGGAGAUGUUCCAGGGAUCCCCGGUGCAGACCAUGUGCCCGCAUUGCCAGCAGCCCAUCAUGACGAAGAUCAGCCACGAGAUCGGACUCAUGAACUUCCUGCUGUGCUGCUUCUGCUGCUUUGUAGGAUGUGACCUGGGCUGCUGUCUCAUCCCCUGUAUGAUUAACGACCUCAAGGACGUGACCCACACUUGCCCCAACUGCAAGGCCUACAUCUACACCUACCGGAGGAUGGGCUAAAGGAGCCCCCCGCUGCCACGUCUCCGUCCGGAUCAUCUCAUAGCUCAAUCUCCCCUUGUCCUCCGUCCUCACAUCAACUCUAAGAAGCUGUGAAUUCUGUGAACUGGCUGCAAUAGUCUGUGAUCUCCAAUGAAAAUGAAGAAUUCAUGUCAGA